AUGACUUCACUUCGUGUUCUGUUCAUACUACUUUGCAUCAGCUCGUUGCUAUACAACGUUGUUUCUUCAGAGUCAGUGAUAGACACUGAGAAGGAAGAAGUAGAACAAGAGCAGUUAUACGAGCACAAGUACACCAUAUACCAUAAACUCUCUUAUCCAGAAUCCACGUUCAAGAAACGAGGUCAACUGACUUUAAUUCCAUCGCGUAGUGUAGCAAAAUACUCACCUGCAGAUAACGAGAAUGAUGCAUCUUUAACCUUGACCGAUUCGUUAAAUAGUCAAAAUGACAAUGACACGAUACUGUAUCAUAUUAAAUUAGUCGAUGAACAGGAUCCAAAUAAAUCUUUUAUCUCAUUUACAAAAUGGUGUUUAUUGUUAACAUCAGAUUUCGAAGAUGAGAUUAUAAUUCACUUGGACAAAGAUAGCAAUCUCUUUCAUUUUGAUUAUUACACUACUCAACCUCUAUGCACUGCUUCUAGCGAUGCAUACAAGAAUGUACCAUCAAUACCUAAAUUCAAGACUACUGCUCAAACCAUCAAAGCAGUCAAAGGUGUUCGUCCUAAAUUGGCUAAAGCCGCACCACUUCGACCAGAUGGUACCAUAGAAACCCCACCACCUGAAAAAUCAUUUUUACAGAAAUAUUGGAUAUACAUUGUUCCUUUGCUAAUAGUACUAUUAUUCGGAGGGGGCCCGGAGGAAGAAGGUCAGAGAGGUCAAGGUGGUCAAGGCGGUCAAGGUGGUCGACCCAACGCACAACAAUAA